AGUGUCAUGGCAGUACAAAUGUAAAAGUAACAGUAAACUUUGUGUUCCUGUAAUUAAUUUGAGCCUUAUUUAGAAAGUUACUGAUUGUUUAAUAAUGUGUGAGUUCGUCCGAAAUCAAAUUGUUUAAAAAAUUAAAAGUGUAAGUGUGUAUUAUUACAACGAUGAUGGAAUUAUCACUCGAAGUGCCAGAUGAUAUCCUAAACGCCUAUAGAACACAAAAAGGAGAUAUGAUGUGCCCCCCUUCGGUUUCUUGCCUAUUACCGGAAGAUAACGACAUCAUCGAUUCGUCCAAAUUUAAUUUCAGCGACGACGAAAAUUGGUUGUGCGAAUGCUCAAGUAAAUCAAACACAGACACAGACCUCCAGAACUGGCUUUACGGUGACGGUGACGAGUCCGCCCCUCGGGACUCUAAACUCAAAAAUAUCGACACUCGGACUUUUACGCGCCCGAAAAAACGUUUCACACGCCCAAGUAUAGAAAAAUACAAUGAAGAAUUAUAUGGUAACGACCUAAAAGAAUUGACCGAUAGCGGAAUCCAGUUAAAUGGGUGCUCGCAGGACGAAACGCCGACUAAACCACUUCAUUUUGACUUGGGUCAAGCUUCUACUAGUGUUUAUUUUGAUAAUAUUUUAGCGAAUGCUCCCAUGGUAGAUUCGUUUCAAAAUAUGUCACCUCCUAGUCUUGUAAAUUCAAUGUGUUCGUCGACUUUUGCGAAUUUGAUGGAGAAUAGUUUUAUUAAAAAUGAUCCGGUUUUGAGGGAAAUUAGGGAUACUGAUUUUACCGUAUCGAUAUUGCAGCAAGAAACUGAACCCAUGUUUCAAUCUAUUACAGAGAGUUGUAGUAGUCUGAAUUCGGAUAUUCCGGAACAUUUUCUCAAGAAGGUUUCGUUUGAGGAAAAAAACGAGGAUGAAGACACGAUUAUCUUGAAUACGACUUUUGCCAAAGAGGAUUUAAAAGAUCACACUGUAACAGUCAAUGAUAUCUUGAAUAACACUUUUGCCAAACAGGAUUUAAGGGAUCAGACUGUAACAAUCAAUGAUACCAAGAUUGAAGAGAGAUUAGAAGGGAAACAAACGAAAAAUGAAACAUUUAACACAUAUCAAAGCGUACCUAAAAGCACAAAUCGAUUCAGCGACAGUCAAGUAUUAAAUCACACUUUCCAGCGCCGAAAAAUCACGAAACCCGCACUUGUAAAAAGAGAUUUAAAUUCGACAAUAACUGUAGAUUCUGCAAAAAACACACCAGAUCACGAGAAAUCAUUCGAAAAUAUCAAACGUUUACUUGAUAGAAGAGGCUCACCUUCGCUUGACCUAAACCGUCUCAGUUACCUCGCCGAUAAAAACGAACAAAUGAACGCUACUUUCCCAAGUGAGAUUCCGAAACGUAACUCUUUUGGCUCGACCGACUCUGGUGAAAAUUUAGACUUUAUGAGUCUUUCCUCCGGUAGUAGUAAAAGCUCAAAAGUGCGUAGCACUGACGGCUUGAAUAAAAUUGUCGAUCUCCAAAUCAUGUCGACCCCCAAACCCCGGUCAAAAACCACGGCUCUGUGGCAAAAUCACGAAAUUUCACCAAUUAGGGACCGCAAUUCCGACCCUGAACUGUCUUCCAACGAACUACCGAAAGCUAUCAGAAAACAAAAGAGCGUUGGUCACCUAGCACAGAAAUUACCCAAUCCGAAAAGCGUCAACACUUUGACGAAAAAUCCAAUUCGGGGUUCGCAACCAAACUUGAAAAUCAGCGAAACUCGAACAUUGCAAAAACCCACGAAUUUGAAUUCUAUGGGGCACGCUCUGAAGGGCUCCUACACAAGUCUUAAACCGACCAAUCCUAAUUUGCCAGUCGCCCCGCCUCCUUUAGAUACCACUGUAACAGUAAAAAAUCCGACUGUGGCUCAGGUGUCACCAGUGCCAAGGGAAGUGCCCAAAAGUCAAGAUGCUCAAUUUGCAAAACCCCAGCCCCCCAGGAGUGGGUUGCCGAGGCCGGUUACGGGGAUUCCCAGACCGGUCUCUAGGAUUCCCGCGCCAAAAAGUGUUAGGCCUUUUUCUAAGUCGGCGGGGUAUCAAGGGAGACACUAGUUGUAUAUAAUAUCAAUAUUUAGUGCCUUAUUUGAAUGAAAAAAAUAUAUAUCUUAAUUAAUUAUUGUUAUGUAAGUUUUUGCCAAGUUUGUUUUAAAGCAAUAUAGGUUGAGUCUUUGAAACUAAAUCAAUUGUAUUUCGAACCACAUGACAAAAAACCGACUGAUUUACAUUGAAAUAAAUUUAUAAAUAUGUACAUUUGCUAAUUUAUAGUCUUUGUCGAAGCUUUUGUAAUGUGAUUGAAUCUCUAUAUUGUAUAAACUAUUUUGAUAAAAGAAUGUGUGAUAUAAAUUUGUGUAUUCUGA